AUGCCACCAUUCAAGGUGCAAUGGCUCAUUCCACUUGCACUUGGCCAGAUCCUCUCAUUGUGCAUCACUGGGACAAGCGUUGCUUCAUCAGCUCUCUGGACUCAUUACAGCGUCAGCAUUCCCUACACUCAAAACUGUCUCACGUAUAUUGUGCUCUUUGUGAUACAUGGAUAUCGUAACCGACAAGACGAAAGCUAUUGGCGUCAAUUGAAACAAGGACAAGGAUGGAGCUUCUUUGGGUUCUCGUUUGCAGAUGUUCAAGCCAACAUACUUGCUGUACUCGCAUUCAAAAACACAUCCGUAUUAUCAGCACUCGUUAUAUCCUCUUGGACGCUUCCUUGCAUUAUGCUGCUUUCAAUGUGCUGCCUUGGCUAUCGCUAUUAUGCCGCCCAUUUCGGAGGUGUCACAUUGUGCCUAAUCGGAUUAUUCACUCUCAUAUGGGCCGACACCAUGAACAAUCGUACUACCAACAGUAAUCAUAGCUGGAUCGGUGAUCUUAUUUGUCUGACGAGUGCAACGCUAUAUGCCGUCAGCAAUGUGACAGAAGAAUAUCUGGUGAACCGUUGUACAACUGAACAAUUUUUGACCCGUGCAGGAAUGUGGGGUUCCAUAUUAAGUGGAUUGCAAGCGCUUGUCUUUGAGCAUGAAUCCCUGGUAUCCAUCGAGUGGCGUUGGGAAAUAGCUGGCCUAAUUUCCAUAUACGUUAUAUGCCUAUCAUGCAUGUACUCAUUGGGACCCACUCUCUAUCGAAUGACCAAUGCUACUUUCCUAAGUAUGAGUCUCAUGACAUCCAACUUUUAUUCUUUGUUGGCCAGCCUAGUAUUCUUGGAAGCGCAGAUGCCUCCCUUUUAUCCCGUUGCAUACAUUUUGGUUAUCUGCGGUGCAGCCAUUUUCAACACGAGUGAUCCUCCCUCCACUUCCCAUCAUGAGCAACAACCAAUGUGGAAACAAAACAAUGGAUACCAAUGUAUAUCAUGA